UUCUUUUUUUUUUUUUAUUCCUUUUUGAAAAAUGCUACAUCAUACUCAUUCCCCUUUAUCAUUGUCAACUUCAACAACCAGUUCAACAAGUUCAUCCACCAUAUCCAUUACUAGCACUAAAAAAUCAACAUCCUCAACAAAUCGACAACUUCCUUCUGUACUAAUAGAUUUUAUUGCCAUUACAUUGUGUGAUCUACUUCCUAUUAAAUCAAGUUUAAGAGAUACUCCAUCCUUGCCCUUCAUUCGAGGUAGACCUUUACCUGAACUAGUCUACUUUAUUCAAAAAAUCACUUUUACUGCGGGCAUCAAUGUACGAACUGCUUUAGUAGCUUUGAUCUAUCUUCAUCGUGUUAAAUCUUCUUUACCAAUCUAUGCUGUUGGAAGUCAUGAUACAAGCCAUAGAUUAUUAUUAGGUUCACUUUUGAUUGCAUCCAAAUUUUUACAAGGUAGUACUUGGACCAAAACAACAUUGACAAAUCAUCAGUUGUAUGAUUUAUGUGAUGGAUUAUUCCAACCUCAAGAAAUUGAUCAAAUGGAACGGGCUUUUUUGAAACUGAUUCAAUAUCAAUGUUGGGUGGAUGAUAAAGAUGUCAAUGAUUUUGUCUUGUCUCAUCGUGUGGAUUUUGGUCUAUAAUUUCCUUAUUGGUUCAAACUUUGUCCUUCCUUUUUUUUAUUAUAUAGUUUAAUUUUAUGAUACCCAUUUGUUCAUUCGUUGUUUAUUUGUAUAUCAUUCCUUUUUUUUCACACCAAGUCUUCUAUUUAUUCAUAUGUUUUCAUUUCAUCACUUUUUAUUUUUAUUUUUUUUACUUCCAUUCUUAUAAUCUCUUUUGGAUCAUCAUCAUUAUCUUCAUGGUUUCAUUUUUUUUUUUUUUUUGUUAUUC